UCCGGAUUGGAUUUUUGCGUGAGUGGCUGUGCGCGGGAGAAUGUUGUUGCUGAAUCGUUUUGCAUUUCAGCAUCAAAAACGGAAAGUUAUAGGACAUGUAGUGGAACAGGGUUCUUGUACGCGCGUGAGAAUUUCACCUUUGUACUUAAUCGCGUAGCAUCUGGAAGAGGUGGCAUUUAUCUGCACCUGACCAAGCCCUGCUGAAGUUACGUACUGCUGAUCUAUUUAAAGCUACAUCGCUUUGAUGUUCGUUGCAUUACUGUGUUUCUCCUAAAAUACUGCAAACCAGACAACUGAAUCCUGGAUCGGAGUCCCCUCCACACCUCUCCGCCGUCAUGGAAGGCGUGCGCUGGGCGUUCCGCUACGGCUCGUGGUCUCCCGCACGUUCUGAUUGGUUACUCGCUGCCAGAUGCGUUCAGCGCGAGGAGAAAGAACGGAUUGGACAGUUCGUGUUCGCCAAAGAUGCCAAAUCAGCAAUGGCUGGCCGCUUGCUUAUUAGGAAGCUGGUAUGUGAAAAGAUGGGUUUUGCAUGGGAUGGCUUUCGUUUAGAGAGGACACCCCGAGGAAAACCGUACCUGGCCCACCCCUUACCUGCCCCAGACUCCGCCUUUGGGCACACCCACUGGAGUUUCAACGUGUCCCACCAGGGCAACUACGCCGUGCUGGCUGCUGAACCUGGGCGUCAGGUGGGUGUGGACGUGAUGAAGACUACCAGGCCAGGCAGCAGCUCUGUGAAGGAAUUUUUCCACCUCAUGACACGUCAAUUCACGGCGCUGGAGUGGAGUAGGAUCCAAUCAGCCGGAUCAAGCUGGGACCAACUGGACAUGUUCUACCGGCACUGGACUCUGAAGGAGAGUUUCAUCAAGGCGAUUGGUACAGGGCUGGGCUUCAACCUCCAGAGGGUGGAGUUUCAUGUCGCCCCCAAUGAGAUGCAAGAGGGGCAGGUUUACUGGCAGACCAGAAUGUACCUGGAUGAGGAAGAAGAGGAGGGCUGGACAUUUGAGGAAUGUUUAUUGGAUAAACAUCAUCAUGUUGCCGUAGCACUGGGAAAGCCAGAGAAUCCCACCACCAAUGAUGCUGGGAUUUCUUCUUGGACCACACCGCCGAAAUUCACUCUACUAAGCUUCAGUGACCUGAUCUCAGGAGCUACGCCCCUCUCAGAUGAAGACCCCGCUUACUGGGAAAGCUUUCAGAGAAAACAGGAAGCCCCUGUCCGACAGAGUGAAAUACAGUGACUCCUCCAAGCCAGCAGAGACACCAGAGAAUCACAUUAGCUGUGCCUAAAGUUCAUUUGAGCUGUGCCUAAAGUUCAUUUGAAGUCACACUUUGAACAAACUGAUUGAACUGAGUUCAGCUUCAGUAAAAACAGGAGUGAAAGCAGAACUUCUCACGUCUUUAUUUAAUUUUGUAAAUGUCCUGAAUCCCUUACUUUCAAUGCUGCUUACCCUCUCUCUCUCUCCCUCUCUCUCUCCC